CGUGCGGAUAACGGAAAUUAGUAAACUAGCAGACGACUUGGCGACAUUUGAAGUACCGCGUGGUGCCUUGUUUGCCCACGGAACAGUGUUCUUGAGGGAUUUUGACAGUUCGUCAUGGAUCACGGCCAAUUUAGCGAUGCUGAAAGUGACGAAGGGGUAACUCCUCCCAUCCUGUCAUUAAAGGCGGACAAGCAGCUGCAGACUCGGACUGAAGAGACGGCACAGCAUCUGUCGACUCUUUCUCUUAAAAGCAGCAAUGUGGAACCACAAAUUAAUGGAUUAAGUUCUGAAAACCCUGCUGUUACGAAUGAAGUGGUGCAAACUGAUCUGUACUCAGAGGAAGAGGAAUUUGAAGAUCCAGAGGAAUAUGACGAUGAUGAUGAUGAUGACGAUCUUUACGAUUGGGGGUCUGGUCAAGCUGCUUAUGGUGUCAGCAGUGGUGUGAAGCAGUCACACCUAAAUCAUCAGUCUCAUCUAAAUCAACAGUCUCAGUCAAAGCGAGUUUCUGAUUUCCAACCGCAAGAAAAGCUUUUUAAACGUUUUCUGAAUAAAAUAAAUGUUGAAAAGUAUGAAGGCCCAUCUCUUCCAAAUCAUGCUGCCAACAAACUUAUCGAAAAUACUAGAAAGGCAGAUGCAGGGAGAAUAAGAACCAAAGAUAAGCAAGAUCGAGCUACAGCAGAGCAAGUUAUGGAUCCAAGAACCCGCAUGAUAUUAUUUAAACUACUCAACCGUGGAAUUGUGCUUGAAAUUAAUGGGUGCAUAUCAACAGGAAAAGAGGCAAAUGUUUACCAUGCUACUGGUAAAGAUGGGAAGAAUCUUGCAAUAAAAAUUUAUAAAACAUCUAUUCUUGUAUUCAAAGAUCGUGAUAAAUAUGUCAGUGGGGAAUUUAGGUUUCGCAACGGGUAUUGCCGAAGCAACCCUCGUAAGAUGGUGAGAACUUGGGCUGAGAAAGAGAUGAGGAACUUAGUGCGAAUGCAUACAGCUAAUCUUCCUGUACCGGAACCCAUAUUACUUCGGGGUCAUGUCUUGGUGAUGGAUUUCAUUGGGCAUGAGGGAUGGGCAGCUCCCAAACUGAAGGAUGCAGAACUAUCUAACUCCAGGGCAUGUAAACUUUAUCGAGAUUGUGUUGUUAUGAUGUGGACAAUGUUUAACAAGUGUCGCUUGGUUCAUGCUGAUCUCAGUGAAUUUAAUUUACUGUACCAUGAAGGCAUGGUAUAUGUCAUUGAUGUGUCCCAAUCAGUUGAGCAUGACCACCCUCGUGCUGCAGAUUUUCUUAGAAAAGAUUGCUCAAAUAUUACUGACUUUUUCAAGAAACAAGGAGUUGCGACCAUGUUAGUGAAAGAGCUAUUUGAUUUUAUCACUGACCCCACGGUGACUGAAGCAAACAUGGAGGCAUAUCUAGACAGAGUUUCAGCUCAGGCUGCAGAAAGAGGAGAUGAGUUGACAGCAGAAGAACAAGUAAAGGAAGAAGUUUUCAAGAACGUAUACAUUCCUCGUAGACUUGAAGAAGUAGCUCAUGUUGAACGUGAUAUACUUCAAGCUAAGGAGGGUAAAGGCGACAAUUUAGUCUACAAAACCAUAGUUGGUUUGACAGACAACCUCAGUGCUGCACAGAAACCAUCAAUAUUGGUCAAUGGCAAGGAAGGUGAGGAAGGUUCUAGUGAUGAGUCUGGGAGCGAUGAAGAUGAUAAUGAAGGCGAAGAAAGAGUUUCAAAAUUCAAAAAUGAAGCCAGGCCUAGAAAUGAAUCUCCAGAAAGUAAAAAGGCAAGGCAAAAGGCAGCAAAAGAAAAGCAAGCUGAAGCAAGGAAAACUAAAAUCAAGAAACACAUCAAGAAGAGGAAAGAAAAAGCCAACAAGAAGUGAACCCCUCCAAAAUGUGAUAAUAAGUUUACAAUAAUAACAAUAUGGUAAUAAUCUAAAGUAAAUUUAGAGUGCAGUGUGAUUUUAUGACGGUAACAAAACAUUUCAUUUCCUGUAGUCUCCCCUACUUGCUGGCUGGGUUGAGUAGUUAAAUUAUAUAUACAUCAAUAAAUGAAUUUCAGAGGAUGGA